AGCGGUGUUAUACACAGACGCAAUACACACCGGCAUGCCUCGACGUGCACAUCGGCUCUCCACAACAACGUGCAUCCAUCAUACAAAACAGAAGAGUCAUUCUCGCACGCUCUUUUCUUCAGGCAGUCAUGAAGACGGCGCCGGUGCGUCGUGCACGACGCGGGCCAUCGUACUUCUACAGGAGCUCCUCCGCCUCAAUUGAAGGCAGCGUGCGAUUUGGUGAGGGCUGCGUGGUGCUCCCGCACGCCCGCAUCUCCGUCCCGCCGGGCUUCGUGCUGGACGUCGGCCCCUUCACCCUCUUUGCGGACUUCGCAGAGCUGCACAUCACCACGUCGGAGGGGGUGGCUGCGCAGCCGCCCCCUCACAGUCCAGCCGCUGCCACGAAGAUUUGCAUCUGCAGCCACAACCACUUCCAGUCGUACGCAAGCGUCCGCUUUCACCUCGAGGCCGCGGAUGAAAGCGGCGUUGAGGAUCAGGAGGCGUGCCAUUCGUCGCCGGCCCGUGCAACCGCCAUCGAGCUGCUGGGGACGGGGAACGUCUUCCAGCCUUUCACCUCGGUGCACGCGCGCGUUGGCACACGUCAGCCGAGCUGCUCCUCCUCCUCCUCCCCACUCCACCACCGUGACAGCAGCCACCGAGACGCACGUGCAUCGCAGAGCAACGAGCCCGCGCUGCAUCCGUGGCAGCUGGGCAGCUUCAACGUCUUUACGACCCACUCGCGCCUUCGUCUUCCUCUGCCACCCGCUGCGGUCUGUCACGGCGCACCUGCGACGCGCGAAGAGGUGGGCAUGCCGUGCUGUGUUCAGGCGGAGGAGCGUCGUGGCUCGCACUCGCCUCCAGUUCCGGCCAUGCCACCGUUAGACGGUGCCGACGUGCAUCGGCUUGAGAUCGGCGAGGUCGAAGCGAAUAGCCAGGCAGCCGCGCCUGCCAUGUCCGUUGAGGGACGCUUAUUUGAAGAGCACUCCAGAAACGAGGGAAGGGAUGCGGAGGGCGAUGGAAGAGCUGUACUGUCGCCCACGCCGCUCUCCUCUUCUUUGGUUGCGGCUGGCGUGGCUUCUUCCCCGGUUGUUGCUGCUUCUGCGAGUGCAAGCAUCAGCACCACCACAGCAGCAGCACCAGCGCGAAUGGAGAGCAUGGUUUACCUGUCUGAUGACGACGCAACGGCGGUGCGUACCGGUGCGAAAGGCUCUCAUUGCACCAUUGCCCUUCCCCGCUACGGCGUCCGCAGCGUGGCGGAGCUGCCGACCAUCAUUAAGCGGAUCAUCGAUCAUGACGAAACCCCAAAGGCUGAACGCGCAGCACACUCGCCGUCACCACCACCAUCAUCAUCACCGCUGCGGAUCUCGCCAGCGCCUUCGUCUCCCGUUGCCGCCGCAGCGAUGGCGGCUGCGCUGGCGAACUUGGAAGGCUAUGUGGAUUCGGUGCAUCCCGACCUGCGCGCCUACGCGGAGCAGCGCGUCCUCGCGGAGGCGGAGCAGCUAUGUCGCUUCUACAUUCGUCAAUACGUUGAAGAGACGGACUUGCACCCCGUGGCCGCGCAGGACGCGGCGGACUAA